CCAAGCUUUGUCUGUGUCCCGAGCCACACGAAGGUGCGACCAAAAAGGACCCUGGCAAUGAUCUCACUGGAGCUAAAUUUUAAUGUUUUAACAAGAGACUUGUCACAUUAUUUGGAGAACCAAGUUAAAGUCGGACUGUUCGGGUCUGGAGUCGGACUGUCACUAGUUCUCGGUUUCAGCGCUGCAUACGCUUGCUAUUACUUGAUCUCUGUAGCCAAGAAACCACAGCUCAUUGCUGGAGGAAAGAAGUUCUAUCAGUUUCUUAAGGACCAGUGUCCUGUGGUGUCUGAAACGUAUUACCCCACGUUCUGGUGCUGGGAGAGCCGUGUUCAAACGCUGCUGAGACCAUUUGUCACCGCGAAGCCGCGUGUGUGCUACAGAAAUGAGCUCAUUAGAGCACCAGAUGGAGGCCAGAUUUCCUUGGAUUGGUUUGACAACGAUGAAAGCGUGUCCUACCCUGAUCCGUCCACACGCCCCACUGUUCUACUGCUUCCGGGCCUGACUGGCACCAGCCGCGAGUCCUACAUCCUGCACAUGGUCCAACAGAGCCGAGAUCUGGGUUAUAGAUGUGUGGUGUUCAACAACAGAGGAGUUUCUGGGGAAAAACUUUUGACUCCCAGGACGUACUGUGCUGCAAACACAGAGGAUUUGGAGAUGGUUAUUGAUCAUAUUCAGAGGACCAAUGAGGCUGCUCCGCUCAUGGCUGCUGGCGUCUCUAUGGGAGGGAUGAUGCUGGCUAACUACCUUGGCCGGAAAGGUCGGGAAACCUGUCUGAAGGGGGUGGUGGUUUUCUCGGCGGGCUGGGACGUUUUCGAAUGCACAGCUUCGCUGGAGAAACCUCUUGACCGUUUUCUCUUCAACUCCUAUCUGACCAGCUGCCUGCAGGCCUCUGUGGACCGACAUCGGCCUGUGUUUGAGAAGCUUUAUGAUAUUGACCAUGUGAUGAAGGCGAAGACCAUCCGAGAGUUUGACGAGCGUUUCACAUCCAUAAUGUUUGGAUAUCCCACCAAUGACGAUUAUUACCGUGAUGCUAGUCCUAUUCACAGGCUCAAGUCUGUGCAGAUACCAAUGCUGUGUCUCAAUGCAGCAGAUGACGUCUUCUCUCCCAAUCACGCCUUUCCAGUGGAGAUGGUGAGACAGAACCCCCACUUGGCCCUGCUGAUCACCUGUCACGGAGGACACAUCGGUUUCCUGGAGGGCCUCUGGCCCCGUCACAACACUUACAUGGACCGGGUCUUCAGACAGUUCACCAAGGCUGUGUUUGAACAAGGCAGCAGUCUCAGAGACCUUUAAUGUCACUGCUGUCUUCUCCUGUACCAUCCACAAACAGCAACAAGCAAAAAAAAAAAAGAAAGAGAAAAAAAAAACGAGAGAGAUAAAAGGAUUUCCAAAAAUCCUCUUUUAAUUUACACAGUCAUGUGUUUUUUGGUUUGUUUGGCCUAUUGUUCAUUAACUCAUCGUUAAUCCGUCCAGACCUUGAUAUCCGUCCAUUUUCAAAGUAAUGGAUAGACUAAUCAAUCAGUAUCCAUCCAUCUUUACCUCAUGAAAUACUUUUUUUUUUUUUGGCUUACAAUUCUGGUGCAGAGGAACUGCCAUGCUGUGGUGGUUUUCAGCUCUGGAUCUAUGGCAGUAUUUUGUAAGGCAGGUAUUAGUGAAAGCUAAUGAUCAUUGAACUGAUCAGUAUGACAGAGAUACCUCUGCCCUGUCACCUCAUUGUGAGCACGGAGAGGCAAUCCUGUGCAAGAGUUGUUUUUGGUAUUACUUGAAGUGCUUUGUCAUAAUGCCUUUACAAUGCAGUCAGAAACAUAACAUGAGACCAGUUACAGCAGUUAGAUAUGAAUCAACAGACAGCUUUUUAUUACAAUAUCAUUCACUUAGUAAAAAAAAAAAAAAGGUCCAGUGUCCAUUACAUGAACCUCUUUUUGUUUUUCUUUUUGAUAUGUUGUCGUUGUUUUUUAAUCGAAAUAGAUAUAUUGAUAUUGAGUCACUGUAGUACUGUCUCUGAAUACAGAAAUUGUAUGUGGUCUAACCAGUCCUCCGGUAACCGGUCCUCCAGUCUGCUUCAUGCUUGUAGCUCUGUAGCCCUCAGGGAUGUCUUUUAUCUCAAUCUUUCUGUCCUCAGUUUUUUCUUGUUUUUUUCCCCAUUUGUCUGCCAGACACUAAUAUUAACACUCUGCAUGUACUUUUCCCCAACUCUGUAGCAGCGCUCACCCUGAUUAGUACUGUAGUACAAAAUAGGGAAAAAAAAGAAAAUAAUAAUAAUUUAAUAAGAAUGUCAAGGUAUGUGAAAUUGCACUGUUUUAGUUCAUAUUUGGAACCUCAGAACUCCCGCAGUCACAGCAACCGUAUUUCAGUGGACUUGCAGCCUCAAGGCUCCCAAAUAACUGAAGUCCCAGUACCAGUUGUUACUCGUAGCCUGUUGCUGACUGCUCGACAAAGUCUUAAACUCAACUCUACCACCUCAUUGUUCCCCCUUGCUUUAGGGAUAAGAAGUUUUGCUUGCACUUAAAUGAAAGGAGAAAUGAUGCUUUUCGAUCUUACGGUAGCAUGAUGACAGCUUACCAUGUGCUGCGACGUUAAAUGAAUAGAGAGUUAACCAUAAAUUAAUCGUGUUGUACGUGUAGUGCAGCUGUGAAUGUUCUACAAAAAAUGACCUUGCUGUCAAUGUUGGAUCAAAUAUGUCGCGGUUAAUCAAACCAAAUGCCGUUAACUCGCUCAUUUGAAAGUCCUUACAAAGCCUGUUGUAUGUGAUUUGUCAAACAGCUCUUUGUGCUCUAAGAAAGGUUUAUGUAUGCUCUUUUUUCAAAAUGUGUAACAUGACCCGGUCUUAUGAAGAAAAUUCAAUGUACACUGUAACAAUCUGUCCAUUGUAUUAAGCUUCAUUUUCUUUGCAUUUGACUGUCAAACGUGACUGCUUUAGUGGACUCUUGUAUCAUUUUUGCUUCUUGACCAGUCUUUCAGCAGCAUGUGUCACCGUCCCAAGCAUCUUGAACUGUAAUCACUUGGAUCAUCAGCAUAAUCUGUAGCACAACAGAUAUAUUUUUCCAUAAACAAUGUACUGUCUUUCCUUUCAGAGGUUUGUAAAAGGAUUGUCUAUUUCACUUGUGCAGCAAUAAGGUUUUAAUAUGAGAUUGUUCAUGUAGUCUAAGUAAAUGCACGUGUACUUAUAUGAAUUAUGAGUGCAUAUGCGAUCUUAAAGUAAAUUAUGAAAUUAA